AUGCAGAACGGCUUCUGCCACAAGGAUGGCAGCUUCGCAAGACUAGGAAUAUGGACUGACCCAACAACGAUUGUUCCUCGUAUCAAUGAGCUACUCUCCGAGUUUCGCGCUACUGGACUCCCUAUCUACUUCCUGAAGACAGGAUACAAGGCCGACUACUCGGAUAGACGCGGUCGCGAUAGACAUGAUCGACUCGAACAAUUCCAAGGUCUUUUACGGGGGUCUUGGGAUGCCGAUAUUCUAGACGAACUCACGCCUGAGCCCGACGACAAUGUCAUCAAUAAGACAAGAAAUUCUUGCUUUCUUCGCACGUCGCUGGAGAAUACACUAAGAGAGCGAGGAGUCGACCAUUUGAUUUUGACUGGGGUGGGAACCGAUGUAUGUGUAGAGACGACGGCAAGAGAUGCCUAUCAAUUGAACUUCGCCGUCACUACCAUAAGUGAUGCUACCGGGACAUGCAAUGAGUCGGACCAUCUAGCCGCUCUGCACGCCCUGCGAAAUUUUGGUGGCAUAGCGUCGACAUCGGAAGUGAUUGAAGCCUUGGAGAAGCUACGAAACUCAGGAGCUUGGACCUUCGGUGCACGUGCUUGCGCGUUUGCCUAG